UAAUCACAUCUCUCACAUUCAUACUUAGCCGAAAGCCCAUUUCAAAGCACCGAAGAUUUCCCAUUUUUUUUAACGUUAAAUCAAAAGACAUUCCGCCAAUUCCAUCAAUUCCAGCAAUGGGCUUCGCGUUUCACACGCUACCACCAUCAAAAUCUCUCCUCUAAACCCUUCAUUUCCAAAACCUCUAUAUGAAAAGAUCUCUAACAAUCCCUCCCAAGUUCAUCUUCCCAAUUCAACCCCAUCUCUCAAUACCCAUUUCAUGUUCUAAAUCGAUCUCAACCCAAAACCCCAUUUCCGCACAGUUCAACAGUUCCAAUUCCUUCCGAGUUGCAUGAUGUCUAGCCAUGGCGCUGGAUUCUCCCUCGUUCUUUUGCUGUUUCUCGCCGUUUUAGCGGCUGAGAACGAACUAAAUUUCAAUCAACCAACUGGGUCUGUAUCAGAGAUGGUGCCACUGAUCGAGGAGGGGAAAAUUAAUAUCAUGGAGAUGAAUGAAACUAGAAGAAGACUCGGAAGCUUUCAAGUAUGUGCUCCUUGUACUUGCUGUGGAGGUGCUAAGGGCCUCUGUUUACCUUCUCCUUGUUGCUAUGCAAUCAAUUGCAAUAUCCCCAAUAGGCCAUUUGGGUUCUGUUCUUUCACUCCCAAAUCCUGUAACUGCUUUGGAUGCAACAUCUAGCCUAUAUAUUAUGCAUGAAUAUGAUGUUAUUCCUUAGAUUUUAGGGUCAUUUAUCAUCUGUGUUGCUCUGUUCUUGAAAGGAAAGGAUUGAUUUGAAGGAAUCUCUCCUGAAAUUUUUCUUGUUUAUAGUUUUAAUGGAAUUAUGUCUCCCAAAUCCUCUUAGUUCCAGGUUUUAUCUUAGAAAGUGGCCGUUCCUGAAGAUAGGAUUGUGAGGUUGAUUACCAUUUUUUUCUUCUCUUUUUUGCUGUUCUUUAGGAAAUAUGCUUUCAUUUGAUAAUGGAGCUGUUGCUGCCGUUUGUUGAGUAUGUUUAGAUGGUAAAUGAUAUGGGAAAGCCUUGGCAUUGUAAGAUGAUGUAUAGAGUUUCAUGAAGUGAGUUAUGUUUGUUCUUAUUGUAUAAAUUGUUGGCUUAUUCAAGUAUUCAUGUUACUUUUCAUUGUA